AUGUGUGUUAUUUAAAUAAGGUUUUGUUGUUUUUCGUCAAUGAAGUUAAAUUGUAAUUAGUAUCAAAUGUUUAUGAAUGUUUUGUCUUUAGAUAAAAAUGCUUUGGUUUAAAAUACAGAGCCCCUCUCUUACUUUUCCUAUUUAUUUUUGUUUUAUCGCUGGCCUACGUGAAGAACGACACGCAGCCAUCUUUGCUUAAGAGUUUAAGAGUUUUUGAAAAAAAAGGAGGGGAAGAUUAUCGAAAUGAGGAAGAAUCUAUAAGUGGGGGCACAUUUUUUUGGAGGCCACAACCGCGUAUAUAAAACAAGGUCAUGCAACGUGUAAACAACACAGUCCUUUUAUAGGAGGUGAACAACGCACAAUGAAGUUAAUAGUUCUGUUGGUGUCUGUAAUGGUGGUAUAUUCGAUGCAAAUGGAUGUAUCGGAGUUUGUUGACUUUAAAAACCAUAUUUCUAAAUUUGAAAAAGUGAUAGGCUUGGUGAAAUCGGUGUUUUCUCAAUUCAAAACCGCAAUGGAUGCAUCAGAGAGGAAAGAUUUAGAAAUCCGCGAUCCUUACGCUGUGAUCCGAGCUAUUUGCAACCGGCAGGGGCUGGUUCACGUUUUGAUCAUUUUCCUCUUUCUUGUACUGCCGCUCAUCGUGGGCAUAAGCCCGGCAGGGAAUUUCGCAAUUCCGCAUUACCAGCCGGGAAUGGCGAAGUUCUUUUUGACCUAGCGAUGCUGAAUUCGAAGGAAGACAAGUCUCUCCUGUGUGUGUUAAAAUUUCUUUCACACAA